CAAUUUCGGAUACUGAACUACAUUUGCUGUUGAAGAACUAUAAAGACAGUACAUAGGCUGAUCUAUGAAGAGACCACCACCAUGGUGACCCACAGCCCAGCCCGCGUUGUGCUCAUGUUUGUUGGAUUGUUUGCCUUUUUAGUCUCAAUCACGCUCAACUCUCUACAAGGAUUUGGUGCUAAAUCAGGUAUUUUCAAGCAGAGCACGGAGGAUGUGACACUCAAGUACACAACUCCCAUAACACCGGCUCAGUGGGCUCUGUUUGUCUGGGAUUUUAUAUAUUUUUGGAUUUUUGCCAUGUUUAUAUACUUUUUAGUGGGACUCUGUAGAAGGAGUGCUUACGACUGGAUGUACACCACGCCUGCGGUGCUGCCCUAUGGAUUUCAUGUCUCAUUCAUCAUCAAUAUUUGCUUGAACAUUACAUGGUUGUUUCUGUUUGACAGAGAGUUAUUGCUGCCAGCGAUGAUAAUCUCCACACUAAUGACGCUCACCAAUUACAUGGUUCUAUAUUUCUCCUGUCAUGGACUGAAGGUCUAUGGAGCCUGGUUGAACAAACAUCACAAAGUAGACCUCUGGCUCAUCAGAAUAUUGGUGCAAAAUGGAGUAGCAGUAUAUGCCACAUGGGGGACUCUCUCCUCUCUACUCAACCUGACGGUAUACUUGCAGCAUCAGACAGAAACCUCUAGAUGUGACUGUGCAAUGCUGUCACUGGUGCUGCUUCUGAUGGAGCUGUUAGCCUGGUUUCUGUUAGAGAACUUCUACCUUGAUGAGCAUGUGCGUUACAUUGUGACUAUCUACCCUGUUGUAAUCCUGUGGUUGACCGGCAGCCUGAGCAAUUCUGGCUCCCCUGGAAGUCAGGUUUACAUCACUGCAGCUUUUAUCAUGGCUACUUCCUGCAUCGUGUUCGUGGCACGCAUUGCCCUGGUCAUAUGGAAGCAUCACAAACGGCCGCUUUACAGUGACAGUAGAUCCAGUUUAUCACCAGUGGAAAUAGCCUUGAAACAACGUAAACUCUUUCUAUGAAUAUGAGCUAAGAGUGACCGAAUGUAACAUAAAUACUUAAAGUCUGUAUUAAUAAUGCCAAAGAAUGUAAACAAAAAACACUUGAACUUUACGCACUUCUCAUAAAAGAAAAAGGCUUCUUUAACAAAUAAAUGACCAAAUGGAAGAUU